AGGAGGGGGAGGGGUGUUUUAUUUUAAAGUGUUGGUGUUACAUGGCUGCCUCUGACUGGUCACAAUAAUGUUUAUAUUUACUGUAGAAAUUCGGCUGUAAAAUUUGUGCCACGACGUGUUAGUUCAAAGGACGUUCCCUUUUCUUCCAUAGUCCUAUUUCUUGUAGUGUAACUUUUAGAUGUGGAGAAAUUAAGUGCUGGGAAAAUGGCUCAGUGCAAGGCAACCCCCUAUGAAUUUGUUCAAAAUGCAUUCUCACCCUUGUUUGCUGUACUCAGCAGCCCUAUGGCAGAACAAGUCUGUCGUAAAAAUAACCUGUCUUUUAUUGAGAUGGUACAACCUUUCUGUCGGCUGACAUCAGAAGUCCACUUCCGUGAUCCUUUGGGUGCAAAUGUCGCUGUGAAGAAUUUACGUGUUUGUUUGCAAGAUGUCCAUUCACGUCCACCGCAACCAACUCUUGCUAGAAAAUUUUUAAAUGAGUCAGUUUCAAAUGCAAUUAAUGAUAACACCACUUCUCUUACAUUUGGGGAUCAAAAAAUUGAUGUUCCUUCCUCUACACCAUGGUUUGAAGCCUGGCGAGAGACAUUUUUACAAGUCCAGUUCCCUGCAGAUCAUGAAUUUACCAAACACUACCUUGGUUGUGUUGCUGUUAUAUCCUCUGCGGAGCCCUCUCCAUUAGAUGCCAUGCGAGGAAUACGACAACAACUUCAAAGUCUACAAGCAGUUGCUCCAGGAAAACUGCCCAAGUGGAUGGCUACACCCUCCCCUCCACUAAUUUGUCAUCUCAUAAUUCAUGAUGUUAAUGAGGGUGAUGCAGCUAAGGCAGAGGCUUCUUUCACUGCACUCAAGGCUGAAUAUGGGGCAAAUAAUUGCUUUCUUUUAAAUAUAAACUCACGACCUCCUGGUCAACAUGAAGAGACAAGCCAUUUGCCAGAUCCGUGGAGUCAAUUCGUCAGCCGACAUUCGGAAGCCCCUGAAACCCACGAGUAUGAUAAUAGCCCCAGAACUCCAGCAGAGAUGAGUGGUGUCACAGGAAUGCCCAAUAGAGUAUCCACAGAUGAUACGGAAGUGGGACAAGAAGCUGGCCAGGAGAUUCCUGAGGAGCAAUCUAUUGAAUCAGGAGCUUCCUCCCCUGUUGCUGUUAUGCAACACCCUUUAAGCCCCCAAGAAGAUGGAUAUCUUCUACCUGGUUCAGAAAAUGGAGCACCAGCUAAUAUGUAUGGUAAUGCACCAAUCAACACCAAUGUCUGGGCAGGAAUUUCAUCCAAUGCUACUCCUGUAACUUCUCCUUUGGGAAGCAAUCAUUUGUUACCUCAUGGGGCUUGUCUUACAACACCUGAUCUAGAUCGAAUCAGAGGUUUCAUUCAUGACAUGUGCUCCCAUGCUCUGCUACCACAUGUGGAAAAGCAAAUUCAACAACUUCAUGAUCAAAUUUCAAACAAGAAGAGUGUUAGCCGAUCCCUUUUGGGUGCCACAAAACGAUGGUUUGGUACAAAUAAACCAGGUGCUCCUAAUUCAAGUGUUCCUUCAAAUGCUGUUAUUUAUUCUGGUGACGCACCUGAAUUGCAACUACGAAGAAUGGGUGAUUUAUGUUUUAUGUUUCGCCACUAUAAAUUUGCUUUUGAAGCUUACCACUCAGCAAAACGUGAUUUUGCUGCUGAUGGAGCGUGGUUAUAUUAUGCAGGAGCGUUAGAAAUGGCAGCCUUAUCCACUUUUAUGAUGGGUGAAGGUGGCCGUAAAGCCCAAGAAUACUGUGAAGAAGCAAUUCUUACCUACCUAAACACCUGUCGCCUGCAGCAAUUUGCCACCAGAAGCACCCUUCUGAGCACAGAAUGUUUGAAGAGUAGAGCUCAGUACACAGAUGCUGCUAAGCAGCUGCUCCGUAUGACAAGUGAAGAUUCUGAUUUAAGAUCAGCAUUACUACUUGAACAGGCUGCAUUCUGUUAUUUACAGGCAUCGAAGCCACCAAUGCUUCGUAAGUUUUCCUUUCAUAUGGUCCUAGCUGGACAUAGAUUCAAUAAAGCUGGUCAAAGGAAGCAUUCUUUGCGAUGCUAUCAACAAGCAUAUCAGAUUUACAAAGGAAAGGGAUGGAAUUUGGCUGAAGAUCAUAUCCAUUUUACCAUCGGUAGGCAAGCUGCCUAUCUUCGCUUGACCGAUAUGUCUGCUCAGGCCUUUGGAAGACUAUUUAACCCUGCUAGUAAACAGUCACCCCCACAGCAGGCAGCAUUUUUACGAGAAUAUUUCCAAAUAUACCAACAACUGCCCCAGGAAGCUGGAGUUCUACCAACAUUACCCAUACCCUUACUUAAAAGCUCCUCCAUAGCAGUUCUCAUGGGCCCCUUACCCCCACCUGUUGAUAAGCAGCAUGGUCCCAUAAUUUUUGCAUCAAGACUUGACUUUGUUGAUGACACACCUGAUGAAGCAAGCUCCUGGUCACAAUUGGAAGAAAGGCUUCUUACAGAGGCUCAAGGAUCUGCACAACUGAUUUUUAAGCCAAUAGCAGCUCUUUUCACAAAUCAUACUGAUAACAGUAAAAAGCCUCUUGCAGUCUUGGGAGAGCCAGUUUCUGUCUCAGUCAUAGUUCAGAACCCAACAGGUGUUCCCCUUCCUUUGUCAACUGUUCAUUUACUGUGGUCGUUCAAAGUUGCAUCAGACCCACCCAAUGAAAUAUGGGUUGAAAAUGAAAUAACUUUAAGCAAAGAAAACCGGGGUCUCGUAGAAACAUGUAUUCUACCUCAGUUAUUACUUGAGCCAAACUCAACAAGACAAUUGGUGUUGUCUGUUAUUCCUCUGAAACAAGGUGAAUUGCGUCUAUUAGGGAUUGCUUACCAAAUAAAUUACUCAGUACAUUCACCAGAUGCAAAUCAACCUUCUUCCAAUUCACCUCCAUUAUCAGUACAAGGGAAACAGAUGUUUUCUUUGGAGCCAAAACGUGUUUUACGUGUUGGUAAGGAACGCCCCACUCAAGAUAAUAAGGUUGUUGAAGAUAACCGUUUGAAUGUGGUAAUUGUGCCAGGAGCCCCCCAACUUCAGAUCAAAAUGAUGGGUUUGGUAUCUGAGAUGCUUUGUGGAGAGCUGCAACAAGUUCAAAUAGAGCUUACUAAUAUUGGAACUGGACCUAUUCACAACCUUCUUAUCGGAUCAACAACACCGCAGCUGUUCUCCAUCGUCAAUUUGCCACACUUAGAAAACGGACCCAAAGGUUUGCCUCAAGUUCAGAGGAUACCACUGCAGAGCCCAUUGCAACCACAACAGCAGCAUACACUAACAAUGUGGCUCAGGGCAGCAGAUACCCCGGGUACUGUUGCCCUAAAGAUGCUGUUUUAUUUUGAUAGUGGAAGCAACAGUUCUUUACCCAAGUAUCGAAUAGUGAGGCACUUUUGGCCAUUAACUGUAUUAGAAUCAGUGCAGUUCAGUGCUGAAGCAAGUCGAAGCCAGGCGUUAAAUGCCCAAGAAACUCUAAACAUCAAUACCAGAAUAAAAAAUACCAACAGAGUUCAAGAUCUCCUAUUAACAAAGAUCUCUAUAUUGCAAGUAUCAUUGGCCAGCACUUCAUGGGUUCUCAAUGCUAUUCCUGUCUCACUUUCUCAGCAAGAUACUGUUUUGAGCUCUCAAGAAUCUGUUCAAUUUCUUUUGAGAGCAAGUAAUAGCACUCAAGGAGAGCAGCCAACAUUUUCUGAUCUAAAACUGUCCUCAUCAACCUCGGAAGUUAUUGAACCUUGUGCCAACCGCCCAUAUAGGGACUUUUUGCAGAGGCUUCCCCAUGCCUCAGCAAAAUCAGUAGACAAAUCAAAUAUGACUGAAGCAGCUCUAAAUAUUUGUGUCACUUUGAUUCUGAAAUGGAAGGCUGCUGUUAUGGAUAGUGGUGGUGCUGUUCGUUCAGCAUAUGGUCAAACCCAUCUUUCUCUUACUAGACUAAAUAUUCGAGUUGCUUGUCCUCCAGUUAUUCAAAGUGUGAUUGAAAAAGGGCCUGCUGUCUUGAGAGUAUUUGGACCCGAUAGGAAUGUUCCUUCUGAGUCAGAUGUAAUAGCCAGUAAAGGUGUUAUAUCAUUAGAAACAAUGCAACAAUUAGUUACAUACAGUUUAAAACACCCUCCUCACCUUUCCCAUGAUUUCAAUAGGCAGAGAUUGUGUAUAGUGGAUGUUCAACUUAUCCUACAUAAUUGCUGUGAUUCAUCUCUCUUCUCAAAAGUCAGUCUAGCUAAUCUACCUAGUGGUAUGCCUUCAAAAAGUCAGCUUUACCUACCACAUGCAUCAUCUGUUGUACGUUGGGUUGGGCGAUUAGUUUCAAAUGUGGAACUUUCUGCUAGAUCUGCUCAUACCGUUUGCCUACGUGCUGCCAUUCCAGGACCUGGAACAUACAAUCUUGGCGCUCACCUACAAGUAUUUUGUUCAUUGUCAGGUGCCUCUGACAAAGAGGCUGUGUUACAGAGAAUGCGUCUGGAAUCUGCAAUUGUUAUUAGUGAAAAGUCAGUGGAUGGUACAAUUUCUAACAGUGGCAAUCACCCAGGUAUAGCAGUUUUGGCCUCAUCAUAAAUAUGAGCCAAUUCCCUAAAAUAUUUGUUAUUUAGUCUUGUUGAUACUCAAUAUGAAACUCAAGUCAAUGGCAGCCAGUAGGGACCAACAGCUUUAGUCAAAGUAGUGUUUAUUUAUGGUGAUUAAUUUAACUCGUGUGCAAUGGGUUUCCCUUAUCCAUCCUCCCCCCUUUUCCCUCAUGUUUUUUUUAAACGAAAAAACAUACCUUGAUAUAUCAGAAAUUGUGAUCUUAUCAAUUUGUGAUAAAUGUAACAUGUAUUUCCAUAUUUCUGAUAGUAAUAUUAUUGAAACACUUGGUGUUGAUUAUGAAUGUUGCAUGCUUUGUUAUGUGUUUUGUAUCUGUGAGAAAGGGUUACCCUCAAGCUACCCUUUAUAAUGGUGUGUUCAAGAAAGUCUUAGUCCCUAAUUGUGUAUUGUAUGUUGUAUGUGUUACUUUCUGUGAUUUUUCAAUGACACUACCAUUCACAGACUGAAAAGGCACAUAUAUUUACACAAUGUUAUGUACUUCUGAGGUUUCCACUUGUUGAUAUCCUACAAACCAUGUGAGGCCUUUUUUAACAAAGCAAUUUCAAUGUUUGUUCAUAUUUUUUUCAUAUUUUCUGCAACUUUGUUUUUGUUGAGACCUCUUGACCUCUUGCACCCCAGUGUUAUUUUAGAUACUUUUUCAUGUACCUUCUGUUUCUACAUUCAUUAUUGUUUAUGUUUUAUUACUCCUACCUGUCUUCAUUUUUGUUAGUAUUUCUCGGAUAUUAUGUUUUCCAAUAUUUUUUAUUCUGAUUGAUGUAAUCUUUUAUAGAGGCAUUAUUUUAAAGAACCAAGCUCAAUCAUUAAGUUCAAUUUCACCAAAGCUUUGUGCCUGCUUGCCUAUGCAGGUUUAUUAAAAAGAGAAAAGAAAUUAUGACAACUUAAUUAAGAACUUCCACAUUUCCAUCGAACUGUUGUAUCUUCUCCAGCCUUCAAGCUUAUUAUCUGAAAAUUAUCUAAACGUUUCAGAAGUGUUUUGUUUGAAACUACCAUUAUUCUUACUCUUUUAUUCUUAUUGUAGGAAUCCAUAGUACUGUUAUCAAUUGUUUUUAAUAGAAAGCAAUUCAUAAGUGAUAAACUGUUCUUACUGUUAGUUAUUAUUAAUAAUUUUGGCUUUCUUUACAUGUACGUACUAAGUGGGUGAAAUAUAUAUGUGUAUAUUGUCUGUUAUAA